AUGAAAUACACUAAAUUAAAUUUUUUUUGGUCACUUUUUAGCUUCUCAGUCUAUAUCUUUGAUUUGAUUGUGGACAUCUGGGUGUCUGUCAAAUUUUUCCAGGAAGGACAAUAUGCUUUUACUAUUUUAACAAUAAGCUUUGUGCUUGUUGGAACAUUUGUGGUCCAGUGUUUUAGUUAUUCUUGGUACAAGGCUGAUGUAAAGAAAGCAGGCCAAGAAAGUAACUUUUGCUUUCUUCUACUUCACUGGUUGCAAGGAGGAGUUUUUACAAGGUAUUGGUUUGCCUUGAAAAAGGGUCACCAUGUGGCUUUCAAGUAUAGCAAAGCAACUGAUUACUAUAAGGAAGAACACAUUGACCUGCAUAAAGAAGUUAUAGACAGAGUGACUGAUCUGAGCAUGCUCAGGCUAUUUGAGACCUACCUUGAAGGCUGCCCACAACUUAUUCUUCAGCUCUACAUCCUUAUGGACACUGGGAAAGAGGAUUGCAGUCAAUAUGCAGCUAUCCUGGUCUCUUGUUGUGCCAUUUCUUGGUCAACUGUUGAUUAUCAGAUUGCUCAAAGGAAAUCUUUACCUGAUAAAAAUCUCUUUAAAGGGUGCUGUCCUGUAUUCACAUAUGCUGUUUACAAGUUUUUUACAUUAUUGUCUUGGAUGCUGAGUGUUGUACUUCUGUUAAUCUUUAAUGUUAAGAUUGCUUUAUUUCUGUUGUUAAUUCUUUGGCUUUUAGGUAUAGUGUGGGCAUUUAAAAACCAGACUGAAUUUUGUGCUUCCAGGUGUAUGGAAUACUUAUACAGGGCUGUUGUUGGGUUCAUUCUGGUCUUUACAUUUUUUAAUGUUAAGGGACAGAAUACCAAAUGUCAAAUGUCUUUUUAUUAUGUUGUAAAGGUACUAGGCACAUUGUGUAUAUUAAUUGUCUUCUGGCUUUACCCACCCCCUAUUUUUAAUCCAGACUAUUUUAUACUUGCCAGCAUAAUAGCAAUUCUUACCCUUCUUCUUGGACUUAUUUUGCUAAUUGUUUACUAUAGCACUUUUCACCCAAAAAGAAAUGAAAAAAAGAAACCUGAUGAAGUUGAUGGAAAAUCAGUUCUAAAUGAUUGUAGAAUGAGAUAUUUCCUAAUGGCAUAA